CCGACCCGUCUAUUUGCAAUCCCUCCUCCUCCCUCAAUUUCUAAAACCCUAGCAGAUCAUUCGGAACAAUCGCAAGAAAAAUCCUGCAAAAGUAAGAAAAUGGCGAGCUCAAUUCUAGCAAAAAUGGCGAAAUCAAUCAGAAUUACAAAUCUCACGCCAAUCGCAGCUCAUCCAUUCCGCUCGCGUACGCUUACUUCCACUGUCGCCGCUGUCGAAGAAGCUCAAUCCGACGCCCAAUCUGCCUCCUUCACUUUCUCCGACGGCAGCGCUAGAGAAGAUGCCAUAUUCGUCAAGGCUCCAAUUUCGAAUUCCAGAGCCGAUUCUUCAUCCCCUUCCAGCUCGUCGGUGACGAUGCCCACCUCGUUCAUGACCGGUUCCGUCGUAGGGAAGCGGUUUUACCAGCAAGUGACGACGAGGGAGGCGGACGACGGGAAUGGAUGGACGGUGAUGCUUGAUUACCGGACGCUGAAGACCCCUUCGAAGAGGCCGCUUAAGCUACCGACUCUAGGCCUCGCCAAGGCAGUAGCGGCUGAGUGGGAAUAUCAGGAAACAGAUGGGAUCAGACCCUUCACAAUGCCUCUGAUGAAAUUGGCCUGUACCGCAUUGGAACGAGUCCCUCUUACGCGGCCCAAGAUCAUCGCACAUUUGAUGAAGAAAUUCAAUCAGGAUCUGGUUUUCUGUCGUGCUCCCGAGGACAAUGUUCUAACCAGUGGAGUACACGAACGACAAGUGGAGAAAAUAGAUCCUUUACUUGACUGGGUGGGCUCAGAAUUUGGCUUUAAGCCUGUUGUAUAUUCCAGUUUUUUCGGUGGGAAGCAGGAAGAUGGUCUUAUAAAGGCUGUCGAAGAUCUUCUAAGGAAAACAGACUACUGUGAGUUGGCAUCAAUUGAUGCCAUUGCAUCAGCUGCACACUCCUUAAUAAUCGCCAUCGGAAUUUUUCGUGGGAAGUUGCAGAUCGAGGAAGCAAUCGAGUUGAUUAGACUCGAAGAAGAUCUGCAGGUGGACAAGUGGGGUCUCGUCGAAGGUGGACACGAUGUCGAUAUUGCUGAUCUACGGGUUCAGAUCUCAUCUGCCACAGUAUUCCUUGGUCUUUCCAGGAGGUUUUGAAUCCACUUAUCUGAUUACUUUCUAUUAUACCCUGAGAGCUAGGAUGGAGCCUGUUUGUUUCUUAUGCUUUGUUGUUGUAGAUCCAAAGAGCCUUUAUAAAUCAAACUCUAGACUGUUUAUAGGCAGGUUGAUAAAAUAAUCAUAUUUACUGGAAAAUAAUGGGGGAGAUUAUUUUAUUUUUUGUGUAAACAUUUCCCACUGAGCCAAUAAAGAAUUCAUACAAAAUAGAGAACAGUAGGUUUUGUAGAAGAGGCUAAAUCCAAACCAAGUGAAGUAAUAGCUGAGAUUCAGAAUGUUAGUGACUUUGUGAAGGUUCUUGGCAGCAUUGCACACAGAGAGGGGGCUGUUUCCUGACAUCACACUUACAACAGGCAGUGUCACAGUCAUUAUUGCACCCUACAAUUACACAUUUUUCCAACAUGAGAGUUUUUUGGUUAAGAUUUCAUAAAUGUUGAGGAUGUUCUUUGUUAGGUGAAUUUGGCUGUCUCAUGUCACUAUUGUUGAUAAAUCAAGUUUUUUCUUCUGCUGUC